AUGUCGCUGUGUUUACUACAGGCAAAUAAUUCAAUUAGUUGCCUUUUUGUCAAUCAGUUGCAAGCUGAUAUGUGGAUGCAAGUGUAUGGUAUUGCUGGUGGUUGUUCUAAGGUUGUUCUGGUUUAUCUUACUCUUCCUUCUCUUUCUCUGCCUUCUAGCAUGCACUUAAUUCAGGUGGAUUCUGUUCAGCGAUGGAUGGAAGAUUUGAAGUUGAUGACGGACUGUGAAUGUAUGUGUAUUCUCCAGUCCAAGCCAAUCAGCAUUGAGAAGGAUGAACAAAAUGAACUUAUCCUUUCCUCACAAUACAGCACUUGUGAUAACUUGCAGCUGCUAUUAAAAAGGGCUUGGAUCAUAAGCACAGAGUUGACCAGGAUUGCUCAAAAGCUGGAGAGGAAUAGGUGGCAGAGAGUCCACAGCAUGACAGUAAGAGUCAACUGCCAUGUACGUUCAAUGAUAAAUGAAUAUAAUACAUUCACCAGAAAUUCUUCAGAAGAAAUGCACCAGUUUGAAAAACUUUUAGUAGACAAGUGUUCAGAAUUUACAGCAUUCACAGAAAGGUGCAUACAAACUGAAGAUGAACAGAUACUGAAGACCAUGAAAUCUUGUAUUAAUGAAACGCUUACUACUGUUGCUCAGUAUUUUGGCCAGUUGAUAGAGCUUAUUUUAACACAUGAGGCACAGAACCUGCUGAGGCAAAUAGAAUUGUCCGAUAGUAUAUAUAUCACUGAGUCGGCGAUUAGUAGUUUAUUCAGGCUUACCCAGGAAGGUGCUCACCUGUGCCGUAUCAUAGCUAAGGAAGGAGGUGUAGUUGCUCUCUUUAAGAUCUGUCGCCAGGAUUGUUUCAGGUGCCUUUUUCCCCAGACACUGAGAACAUUGGCCUCCAUUUGCUGUGUCGAGGAGGGGAUGCACCAGCUGGAAAAGGUUGAUGGGAUACUGUGCCUGACUGACAUUCUUACUGAUAACAGCCACUCUGAAGCUACUCAUGCAGAAGCAGCAGCAGUAAUUGCACAGAUCACAUCUCCACAUCUCACUUUCACUCAGCAUCUCAGCAGCUUUCUGGAAAACAUGGAAGAAAUUCUAACAGCACUUGUCAAACUGUGCCAAGAAGCCUCAUCUGGUGAAGUUUUCCUGCUUGCUUCAGCAGCUCUUGCCAAUAUUACUUUCUUUGAUACCAUGGCUUGUGAAAUACUGCUCCAGUUAAAUGCAAUGAAGAUUCUUCUAGCAGCAUGCUCAGACAAACACAUAGUGGAUACUCCAUAUUCCCGUGAUCAGGUGGCAACAAUAUUGGCAAACAUGUCUGUCUUGGACCAGUGUGCUUCAGAAAUAAUUCAAGGAAAUGGUGUUCAACUUUUAAUGGAAAUGCUCUUUGAAAGAUCACCUUCAGGAAAUUCUGCAGAAGUUGCUGCUUGUGAGCGAGUCCAACAGAAAUCCGCAGUUACAUUGGCACGACUCAGCCGAGAUCCUGAAGUGGCAGAUGCAGCCAUAAAACUCAGCUGUAUUCCUCGCCUUAUUAAACUUUGCAGAUCACCAACGGAAAGAAAUAACAGUGAUUCUGUUUUAGUGGCCUGUCUGGCAGCCUUACGGAGACUAGCAGUUAUGAGUCCUGAUGGACUUGAAGAUUUAGAUUUUCAGCAGCUGGUAAAGCCCCGACUUGUGGAUUCCUUUCUGCUAUGCACCAAUAUGGAAGAGAGCUUUGUAUAAAUGUGAGCCAAAAAACUUUGAAAAGCAAUUAAGAAGACAGGUAUACAAUAAGAUAAUGCACAUACAAUUUUGAUUAAUUUUAGUCCUGUUAUUUAUGACUUAUUUAUUUCGAUGCCAUGAACAUAAGGUUUGUAGAAGCCAAGAAAUAGAAUGAGCAAACUUGUUUUAGUGGUUUGUGAAGGUAAUUU